AUGCCGCCCAUUCCACCGCAGAAACUCCGGGUUCUGAUGCUGCAAGAACACCUUCAAGUGGCAGCGCAUGAGAGUCGCCGCCCUCUUGAGCCUGGCAUGAAGCUGGCCAUCACCCUUCGCUUCUUGGUGACGGGAACAGCUACAGGUCCCUUGCCUACGACUUCCGGGUGGCACACAACAGCAUAUCCACGUUCGUGCCAGAGGUGCACCGCCAUCUACAAGGAAUAUAAGGAGAAGAUGUUCAACAUACCCUCCACACAGGACGAGUGGAAAGCCGUCGCCCGCCAGUUUGGAACGCGAUGGAACUUUCACCACUGUUGUGGGGCGAUCGACGGGAAACAUAUCGCUAUCAAGAAGCCCAAUAAAAGUGGAUCGCUCUAUUACAAUUAUAAGCGCUUCUGUUCUGUGGUGCUCCUGGCCAUAUCGUGA